AUGGCUGUUUUGCUGAAGAUCAACCACGAUGGACCUGUCACCAGUUUGGGCUUUGUUACUGGCUCGUCGUUGUUGUUGGCUGGUGUGGGCUCUUAUCUUCGAGUCUUUGACUACAAGAAGAGCGAGUUGCUCAGCUCCUUCAGCAUCUUCUCAAGGAAUAAGAUCCAUGGCAUAUCGAUACACGACAAUGUUGUGGUUCUUUACGGGGGAAGAAACCUAUCGGUUUUAGCUCUUGAUCAAUUGACCUCUGGCGAUUCACAGAGGGACCUCACUUCUUUCCAGAAAUCCUGCGACGAUUUGAUCAUCGAUAUUCAAUUCAGCUCCAAUUAUCAAACAGACAACUUGAUAUACAUUUUGACUGCUCACAAUAUUGUCAUUGGUGUUAGCAUAUUCCUCAGCGAUUCAAUUGACUUGAAAAUACAAUUCACAAAAUCCUGCUCAGAAAAAUCUUUGCUUUAUUCUGGCUCUAUAAAAGUCACUCAGGAUUCUGCUAUUGUUUGUGCAGGGACUGUGCUUAGUGGUAUCCUACUCUGGGACUUAAACUCUGGUAAGAUUUUACACAAUUUGGUUGGCCAUGAAGGUUCGAUCUUUGGUGUCAAAUUUAAUCAAAAAGGCGACAAAUUGGUAUCAUGUUCUGAUGAUCGUUCAAUAAAAUUAUGGGAUUUCACCACUGGUGAAAAUCUUGCAACCGGCUGGGGCCAUACAGCUAGAAUUUGGUACUUGUCGUUUUUCAAUAAUGAUACCCAAGUUCUUAGUGCUUCUGAAGAUUUAACAAUGAAAAUUUGGAAUAUUAAUAUCGAACCUGGUUCUGACUCAAAUUCAAAUAAAUUCUCCUUAAAUUACACCCAGAAUGUUGAAUCCCAUAUUGGCAAACAUAUUUGGAGCUGCGAUAUCCAACAAGACCAACUACUAUCUGUCACUGGAGGUAAUGAUGGAAAAAUAUGCUUACAUGAUAUUUCAACUAAAUUUGCAAAAAACUCUAAAUCAAAACAAUUCUCAUACUCUUUAAAUCAACUCAGUUUAAAUUAUGAAAUCUUCAACAAAAACGACGUUAUUAAAAACUUUGUUAAUUUUAACGAUAAAGGUUUGUUAUUAACAACAUCUCUAGGUAAUUUAUUCUUAAUAAAAGAUAAUUUUCAAAAAUUUGAAUUAAUAAAAAAGGAAUCGAAUCUUAAUAACCAAUUUUCAAUAAUUAAUCAUCAGUUUCAAAAUAACCAUAUAGUAAUCUUAACUUCAACAACUGCUGAUCAAUUAAUCUUGAAAUUUGAUAAUGAUUUAAAUAUAAUAGAAAAGAAAUUACUAAACAUUUUAACCGAUGUCAAUGAUUAUCCAUAUUUUAAAAUCACAAACACUUUUAAAUUUUCAAAUGACAAUAAUGAUGAUAAUGAUAAUGAAAAGGAAAAGGAAAAGGAAAUUUUAAAUAUUUUAUUCGAAUCCCCUAAUCCAAACAACCCUCUUAUUGUUAGAACUUUAAACUUGAAAGAUUUAUCUUAUUCUAAUGACCCUGAAAAUAUGUGGUUUUUACCAAAGCCUCAAACUGAAAAGAGAUUUAUUAUCACUUGUAUUGAAUAUUCCAUUCAAAAAAAAUGGCUAUUUAUUGGUUCAAGAUUCACAAAUCUUGUAAUUUAUGAUUUAUCAAAAAAUCCUCAUCAGAUGCAAGCUUGGAAAAAAAUUUCAAAAGGCGAUUCAAUUUCAAAUUUGAAUAUCGUUAAAUGCUUUAAUGAUACUCUAUUACUAAGAAUCUUUAUUAAAGAUGGUAUAUAUUUUUUAGCCAAAAUCACUGAAAAUUUAAAUUAUAAUAAUGAAAUCAAUGAAAUAAAUAAAAUAAUUAAUGGAUUUAAUAACCUUAAUAUUGAUAAUGAAAAAUCUCUAUUUCAAAUUGAGAUUCUUUUAGAAAAUAAAAUUGCUAAAGGUGGAUUUCUUGAGGGGGCAUUUGAGAGAAAAAGUGAUUUAAAAUUUGAUACUCUAAUUUCAAAAGAUCACGAAAACAUUAAAAGUAAUGAUUUAAUUCUUUAUGGGUUUAAAUCUAAUUAUUUUUAUUUAUACAACGAAACCAAAAAUUAUGAAAUAUGGAAUAAUAUGUGUGGUGGUUCACACCGUAGCUGGAAAUUGUUUAUUGAUAGUGAUGAUACCCAAAUUAAAGGGAAAUUUAUGUAUACUAAAUCGAAUUCUAUUAUUAUAAGUUCAUUUGGUUAUGAAGAUAAAUUGAAAUUUAAAGAACCUGUAUUAUUGGAGGGAACACAUGGAAGAGAAAUAAGAGAUUUGAGUAUUUCAAAAAAAAGUUAUAAAUUUUCUAAUAGCAACAGUAAAGAAAUUUUAUAUAAACAUCUUGUUUCUGUUUCUGAAGAUAACUCAUUGAAAUUGGGUAGAUUUUUUAGCAACGGAUCAAUUAAGAAUAUUUGGUUUGAAAGGAUUCAUGUUUCGGGAUUGCAAAAAGUAAAGUUUAUUAAUGAAGAAUUUAUUUGUUCCUCAGCAGCUAGAGAAGAAUUUUUUAUUUGGAGAGUUCAAGAUUUGGAAAUAGUGGAUAAACCGUUGAUAUAUUGUUAUGAUAAGCUGAAGCCAUUUUCAAGUAAUCCCGAUUUAAGAGUUAUGGAUUUUGAUACAAUUUUAAUUUUUGAUAAUAAAAACCUAGUUGGAUUUAUAUUUGCAACAGUUUAUUCUGAUUCGUCUAUUAGAGUCUUUUAUUAUGAUUUGAAAUUGAAGCAAUUUAAUUUAAUUAUAAGUGAUUUUUAUAAAACAUGCUGUGUCAUGAAUAGCAAGUUUAUUAUUAAUGAUAAAUUGAAUAAGAUUUAUUUAUGCAUAAGCUCAACGGAUGGACAUUUGGUUAUAUAUGAUGUUGAGAAUACUUCUAAAGAAGAAGGGGAACUGGAGGUUAAGAAAUUGAGCAAAAUGGUAAUGAGAAAGGAAUUACACCAAAAUAGUAUCAAGAGCAUGGUUGUUGAAAAUAAAAGUUGUGAAUAUGGUAGCGGUAACGAAUAUUAUAUAAUAACAGGAGGAGACGAUAAUGGAUUGAUAUUAAGUCGAUUUUCGAUUGAUGUUAAAACUGGGGAGGAGAAUAUAGAAAUUGAGACACUUAUUAGAGAUGGGGCAUCAUCGACUAUUACUUCAAUCUCGUUGAGCGGAAAAAGGAAAGAUGACCUGAAAAUAAGAUUAAUUGUUACAAGUGUUGAUCAGAUUGUUAGAUUAUAUGAAAUUGACCAAGAAAAAAAUGAGAUGGUAUUAAUUGACAAGGAAUACACUACAGUUGCAGAUACAGGUUGCAGUAGCAUCUGUGAAUUUGAGGAUAAAGAAUAUUGUGUUAUUGGAGGAACUGGUAUGUCAGUUUGGAAGAUCAAUAACGAUGAGUAA